GUCCUAGACUUCUCGACUUCGACUAGUUGCACUUCCUCUCUCAACGAGUCUCCAGCGCAACUAUAGACUUUUACAUUUUACGACACACAUAAACGACGUUAUUUUCCCAUUGGAUAUCUUUCCGGAUCAAGCAUCUUUGAGAACAACCUCCACUCCAACCUUGGUCCAUGCAACACAUAUUUGGCAAGCUAGGAUCACCUUGAUACAGCCGAUACCAGCACGGACUAUAUCUCGAAUCAGUCUGACGGCUUCAGGCAUCAUCCUCUUGUCAACAAUCAUCCCCAUCGUUCUAUUAGAAGGACCAAGCCGUCAACAUGUCUACGGCUUGGGGGAAGGCCGGGCGCUUCACAGCUAAAGCACUUGGCAUCAAACUCCAAGACAAAGACCCAUACGAUGAGGUUACUCGGGGCGAGUCCAUCGUAUCCAACCAUACAACCAGUACCUUCGUGGAAGAACCACCUCAUACAGUCGAGUUCCUGAGGGAAAUUGUCCCUUCUGGACGGCAGUUGGGGGACUACGCUCUUUCCCUCUUCCCCUUCACAUCUUGGAUUGGUCACUAUAACCUACAAUGGCUCCUAGGCGACCUUGUAGCCGGUAUUACUAUCGGUGCCAUUGUCAUUCCACAGGGCAUGGCCUAUGCUCAGCUUGCCAACCUUGAACCCCAGUUUGGUCUAUACUCGUCAUUCAUGGGCGUCUUGAUCUACUGGUUCUUUGCUACUUCGAAAGAUAUUACGAUUGGUCCCGUCGCUGUCCUUUCCUCACUGACCGGCGAUAUCGUUGCCAACGUCAUGGCCGAGCUUCCCAACGUUCCGGGCCAUGCUAUCGCUUCUGCUCUGUCUAUCCUCGCCGGCGCUGUUGUGCUCUUCAUUGGCCUGAUUCGGUGCGGUUGGAUUGUCGAUAUUAUCUCGCUUACUUCUCUUUCCGCAUUCAUGACCGGCUCGGCCCUCAACAUUGCCGUCGGACAGCUCCCGACCUUGAUGGGCAUCAAGGGCUUCUCAACCAGAGAUCCGGCGUACCUGGUCUUUAUCCACACCUUGCAAGGCUUGCCUCGUACCAAGCUGGAUGCUGCAAUGGGCUUGACAGCACUGUUCAUGCUUUAUGGUAUCCGGUCGCUUUGCAACUAUAUUGCCAAGCGUUGGCCGCAACACCAGCGGGUCGCCUUCUUCCUUUCGACAUUGAGAACCGUGUUUGUAAUUCUCUUGUACACCAUGAUCAGUUGGUUGGCCAACAAGGACCUUCCUAGAGGAACUUCGAAGUUCAAGAUUCUCUUUGACGUUCCCAGAGGUUUCAAGAAUGCUGCUGUUCCUGUGCUCGACAAGACACUCGCAAGCAAGCUCGCUGGUUCUCUUCCUGCCACUGUCAUUGUCUUGUUGAUCGAGCACAUCGCCAUUGCAAAGUCGUUCGGCCGUAUCAACAACUACACUAUCGACCCGUCCCAGGAAAUGGUGGCCAUUGGUGUCACGAACAUGCUGGGCCCCUUCCUUGGUGCCUAUGCUGCAACAGGCUCGUUCAGUCGUACCGCCGUCAAGUCUAAGGCGGGCGUGCGUACGCCCUUUGCCGGCGUCAUCACUGCCAUCGUAGUGUUGCUGGCUAUUUACGCGUUACCUGCCGUGUUCUACUACAUCCCGAACGCAGCUCUAGCUGCGGUCAUUAUCCAUGCUGUCGGCGAUUUGAUCACACCCCCCAACACCGUCUACCAGUUCUGGCUCGUCUCGCCCCUCGAAGUUAUCAUCUUCUUCGUCGGUGUUUUUGUCACCAUCUUCUCCACCAUAGAGAAUGGUAUCUACUGCACAGUCUGCCUGUCGUUCGCCGUGCUUCUCUUCCGCAUUCUUAAGGCCCAGGGCCGCUUCCUCGGCCGCGUCAAGGUUCACUCCGUUCUUGGCGACCACGUCAUCGGCGACGAUCCCAGGAAGCCCGUGGAUGGAGGUUACGGCACCUUCGCCGGCAGUAGCUCAUCAGAUGCUCCCUACCGCAACAUCUUCCUCCCCCUCACGCACGCGGACGGCUCCAACCCGGAAAUUGAACUGGACAACCCUUACCCAGGCAUCUUCAUCUACCGCUUCUCCGAAGGCUUCAACUACCCCAACGCCAGCCACACACUCGAGUACAUGGUCCGGUACAUCCACAAGAACACGCGCCGCACCACGCUCUCGCACUUUGACCGGCCCGGCGACCGCCCCUGGAACGACCCCGGCCCCUCCAAACGCAAGCUCAAGGCCGCCACGCGCGCCGGUAUCGACUCCAACGAAGUCGGCGUCGACUUGCACCUCCCCACCCUCAAGGCCAUCAUCCUCGACUUCAGCUCCGUCAACAACAUCGACAUCACCUCGGUCCAACAGCUCAUAGACGUGCGCAACCAGCUCGACCGGUACGCGAGCCCGGACGUCGUCGACUGGCACGUCGCUUGCAUCAGCAACCGCUGGACCAAGCGCGCCCUUGUCUCCGCCGGCUUUGGAUACCCCUCAACUUUGCCGGACGGCCAGAUCCGCAGGUGGAAGUCCAUCUUCAGCGUGGCCGAGAUAGGGGGCGAGCAGAGCGCUGCUGCCACAGCAGAGCAGGAGGUCAACGAGAAGGAAUUCGGCCCUACCUUGUCCUCUCGCGGACGUGCUGCUCAACAACACCAACGUGGCUCGUCGAUGGAUAUCGAAUCCGGCUUCAACACCGAUGACGCCGAAGCCGCAGGCAACCUCAAGGCCACGGCCUCGGGCUCCGAAAGGAUACCCGCUGCUGCUGCCGCCGCUCGCUCGCGGUUCGGCGGUAAUGGUGGUGGCCGCACCGUGGCCGUGCACGGCAUUAACAGGCCGCUGUUUCACGUCGACUUGACGAGUGCGUUGCAGAGCGCCAUCGCCAAUGUGGAGGCUAGGGCGGAGUUUACCGCUACCAAGUCUUCUAUCAAGGGCAUGGAGCAUCUUGCUACACCCACGCCUACGUCCCAGAGUCAAGAGAACAUUCAGGGCGGCAACACUUCCGAUGGAUCGGCGACGACGAACUCGAGGUCGACGCCGGGGGCGUCGCUUCCUCCUUAUGACAUGGUUGAUCCUCAGAAGGAAGGCUUGUCAUCGGCAUGAUUUAUGGAGCGGAUGAGC